AUGAGCACCUGCCUGCCCGGCGAGCCCUCGGGCCCCGGAGGCGCGGCCAUGGCCGAGCUCAAGUCGCUGUCGGGGGACGCGUACCUGGCGCUGAGCCACGGCUACGCGGCGGCGGCGGUGGGCCUCGCCUACGGGGCGGCCCGGGGGCCCGGGGCGGCCCGGGGGCCCGAGGCGGCCCGCGGCUACGGCGCGCCGGGCCCGGGCGGCGACCUCCCCGCGGCGCCCGCUCCCCGAGCUCCGGCCGCUGCCGCCGAGAGCAGCGGCGAGCAGAGCGGCGACGAGGAGGACGCCUUCGGGCGGCGGCGGCGGCGGCGCGGGCCCGGGGGCGCGGCGGACGGGCGGCGGCGGCCCCGGGAGCAGCGCUCGCUGCGGCUCAGCAUCAACGCGCGGGAGCGGCGGCGCAUGCACGACCUCAACGACGCGCUGGACGGGCUGCGCGCCGUCAUCCCCUACGCGCACAGCCCGUCGGUGCGCAAGCUCUCCAAGAUCGCCACGCUGCUGCUCGCCAAGAACUACAUCCUCAUGCAGGCGCAGGCCCUGGACGAGAUGCGGCGCCUCGUGGCCUACCUCAACCAGGGCCAGGGCUUGGCCGCGCCGGUGGCCGCCGCGCCCUUGACGCCCUUCGGCCAGGCCGCCGUGUACCCCUUCUCCGCCGGCGCCUCGCUGCCCUGCCCAGACAAGUGCGCCGCCUUCUCCGGGACGCCCUCGGCGCUUUGCAAACACUGUAACGGGAAGCCGUAA